AUGAAGAUGGGAAAGCAGACAGGCUCGUUCAAAGCUCCUUCUCCUCUAUUUGCUGUCUUCCCUUCAACUGAAAAAAUCGAGCGUAAAGUUUCAUCGGCAAUUUUGGUGGCCACCUCCGCCACAGGAGCGGUGCUGCCGUUUCUUCCCUACGACAUGAUAGGUAAAAACCGAGUACCCACCAUAUUCUUUAAGGGCCAUCCCUCUACCUUUCACGCUUUCAUCAUCUCAAUUAUGUUCGCCUUCUCUGGCUCCUUCAGCUCGUUGUUUCUCCCCAACAGGCCGAAGAUGGCAAGGAUUUGCCGGUUUUAUUCUAUGGUUGCGGCGGUGUCCGCACUUUUAAUUCUGCUGUUUGCCAUAUCUUCAAGCUUAUAG